GUUACAAAUGCAUCGGGCACGGGAUUCCUCGUGUAGGCAAUCAUGUGCUAUCAUUAUCAACUUCGUAUGCAAACAAAUCAUACUGUCAUAUCAUUUAGGAAAAACUUGAAUGGAAACUAAAUACAUCGUCGCAAUGGUUCUUGGGUCGGUCUUUGUCGGAUACGUUGUGACGUCACUGAUACUUUUUCGGUUUCCUACUCUACUACAUAAGAAGAAGAGGUUACUUUUUCGCCCAGCACACAUCAGUCACCGGGGAGGUGCUGGAGAAAAUGUUGAAAACACCAUGACUGCUUUUAGACAUGCUUUGUCAGUGGGAACAGACAUGUUGGAGAUUGACUGCCACAUAACUAAAGAUGGCAAAGUGAUUGUGUCCCAUGACAGCUCUUUGAAACGCGUAUGUGAUGCUGAAGGAGUUAUAGCUGAUUAUAAAUUUGAGGAACUACCAUUAUUGAAAGAACAACAUCGCUUGGAUUUUAAACAGAGUUUUGUUUAUGAUGGCACUGGGUGCACAGAUAGGAAGUUUCCAUUGCUAGAAGAGGUUUUUAAAGAGUUUCCAGAAACACCAAUUAAUUUAGACAUUAAAGUGGAUGAUGACGAGCUUAUAGAGAAGGUGACUGGCUUGAUUGUGCAGUAUAAGAGAGAGCACAUCACCGUAUUGGGAAACAGAAGCUCCACUGUUGUCAACAAAAUUUUUGCUGUGAAUCCAAACAUUCCAAUACUUUUUUCCAUGGGAGGAGUUAUUAAGUUACUUGUGCUUUUCUACACUGGAUUACUUCCCUUUGUUCCGCUGAAAGAAUCAUUGCUUGAAGUAUUGAUGCCAAGUGUUAUAUUAAAUGAUGAUUUUAAUCCUCUUAUUGGGGGGAAAGUCAGAUUUCUUCUAAGAGUGUUUGAUGUGUUACUGAUGAGGCCAGCCCUUUUCCAUCAUCUACAAAGAAGAGGUAUUCAGACAUAUCUGUGGGUCCUUAAUGAAGAACAUGAAUUUGACAGAGCAUUCAAGCUUGGAGCCACUGGUGUAAUGACUGAUUUCCCGACAAAACUCAAGGAAUACCUGGAUAAAAAUCCUCAGUACAGACAGAAUACUGCUUCCGAUGUUUCCUGAUGUUAUUUUUGUAUUAGCAAUGGUAUUUAGGUAUGGCAUGUGUGUUGCAUUUAAUUUAGCUAAGGAUUUUUGUUUAUAAACAAUGGAUUCGUUGAGAUAGUGUUAUUCUGCAAAACUACAUCAUCGAGGGUAAAAAAUUCAACACUCAUCAUUCUUCGUGUCGUCCAGAUUGAUAGCAUUUUUAAAAUCUGGAGAUGUUUUUCUUCCAUGUUUUGUUUUAAUGUAUUAGGAGAACGGUAUGUGGUACAAAACUGUUUAAUUUCGUAUUAGAGCAUUUCAGCUUUUAUGGGUUAUCCUUAGGUUAUCAUAUCAAUAUGUCAUGUCAUCCAUGUCAUUUAUUCUUUAAUUCUUUUUAUUGCAUAGUGCUAUAAAGUAUGUCAGGUUUCAUUUUGGUUUUUUAAAAUUUCUGUGAUAUUUUACACCUGAAUGAAAUGAAAUGUGUAUUGAUGUAUUUAUUUCUGCUUGUUGCAUGUAUAAAAUGAAUAAGGACAGGACAGCGGAGAAUCGCUUCUUCUGUGAUUGUGUCCAACUUUUAUUGAGUUAAUCUGAUGAAAAAGAAGUAUAUGUUCACCAAAAGUUCAUUUUCGCCUUAAUCUUAAAGAUAAUUUUGUAUGUAUUAACAUUAUCACUGCAUUUGGUGUUAUGUUUCUCAACUGAUUUAUAUGCAAAAGCUUGUUUUGAGUAUGAUCAAUUUUAUAUUGAGGCAAGCUACUGAUAAACAAGUUGAUGUUACAGGGGUUUCAACAGUUUCGUUUAAAGUCAGCAUUUUGCAAAUUCUAUGAUUGUUAUAAUGAUCUAGUUUGCCAAUAUAACCUGUCAUUGGGUCAAAUUCUGUCUGACAUGUUUCAUACCAAUUGUUAGGCUGUUCUUUAUACACUGAUUUUGCCUAUGGAUUACUCCAUUUAUAUGGCUCACGGCAGGUAUGACUGGUCAACAGGGGAUAUAGUUAUGAGAGAUUGUUCACUGUUCGUUAUCUUUACCUUUUCAUAAAUAACAGAAUUUUUGCAUUCAUAAUUGGUGAGAUUAGAAAUUAGAAUAAAAAACGUUAGUAAUAGAUAAUUAAUUUACUAUGUAGGACAUCAAAAAUACACACAUUUUCUUUCAACUGGCCAAAUCUCACUAUUUUUGUAAGCUACCCCCUGGGUAUUUAGUUUCAGAUAAUGUUGGUGCAUUUUGUUGACCAUGAUACACGGUAUGUUAAUUUUCCUAUCUUCAUGUCAAUAUGAGAAAAUCCGGGGCAAUGAUUGCCAUUAAUAUAAUUAUGAGGUGUAAAACUGCAUGAAAAAAAUGGGGUUUUUUAUCAAAUUUUGUGUAUAAUUUUCAUAUGAUUUAUUUGUUUCUGUCCCAACAUUCAAAGAUGAAAUGAAAGAAUUAUGAAAGAUAUCCAUGACAAAUUCUUCCUCGAGCUGUGACGGUGACUAGAAUGUGUGAUUUCAUGUAAUACUGAUAAUUUAUGUUCAAUUUUGGUGAUUUAAAAAAAUGGUAUUUUAAGAUGUUCUGAUGUACAUGUACAUUUCAAUUGUGUAUUUGGAGAUUUCUACCUUCAAAUGAACAAAACUAUACUUUUAUUGUUUUCCAAUUUGUAUUCAACUUCUUUUUUUUUAUAAAGCAAAAACAAAUUUUGAUGCAUGGGUACAUACAGUAUUGUAUUCAUGUAUUACAAUUUACAUUAAAUAAACUGAAGAAAAAAUUCAU